CUCAAUCCACCGAACAACAAAAGUGACAGAGAACAGUCAAUUUCGCGUGGCAAAUACCGCCGUCAUGUCUCAACCAUUCCAAUGGCCAAAGAUCUUUCAACGUUUGCUUAACCAGCAGAAUACCAAAGCAAAGCACCUCAUCAAAUUGAGGGAAAACAAGCAGUAUCGUUUGGAUCAACGAUCAGUCGUCGUUCAAGGUUUAAAGACCAUUCGCGAACUAGUUCAGGAAGGAUUACCCCUCACUGCAUUGGCCGUGACAGCCGCGAAAACGGUCACCGAUCCGGCAACGAUCAAAUCUCCAGCGUCUGACGUGCUUGAAGCGCCCCAAAAAUUACCGGCUAAAGCCUACUACUUGACAGACGUCAAUCUGACACGGCGCAUUCUGGGCACGGCUUCUCGACCGAGUCCUCACGAAAUCUUUGCCGAAGUCCCAAUACCCGAUCAUGAGCUUCCUCCAAAGCAAGAAAUAGAUCGACUUUUAGUGCUGCACCGAAUCAAUGAUCCAGGCAACGUAGGCACUUUGGUACGGACAUCGAUGGGACUCGGCUGGACAUGUGGUGUGCUGACGACAGGCACUUGUGAUUUGUACAACGAUAAAACCAUUCGCGCGUCUCGAGCCUUGUCGUUGCGCUGGAAAUAUCGAUUCACGGAAACGGAGGAGAUGUUAAAGUAUCUUGAUGAACUGAAAUUGACGCCAAUUGUAGCCGAUAUGCUACCUCAUCUCACACAAGCCUCGGAUCUGUGGUCCCCCGUUACUGGUGCAGCUAGUGAAACGAAUCCAGCAACGCUAGGUUCUGGAGCUUGGCUGUGGAAUUUCCAAGGAAAGAAACCGGAAAUGCCUAAGCGACCAGCGCUGAUCCUCUGUUCCGAGCACUCGGGCGCGCGUGGAUUGAAUGAUCAGAUCAAGAUAUCGAUUCCCAUGGCAAAAAAAGUGGAAUCACUGAACGUCGCCAGCGCAGGCAGUAUGCUCAUGUACGAACUCAACCGAUUAAUGCGCUAAUCCACAUAGGCCUCUCAUUUCUCCAUCCUUCAUAACCUGCAAUUUUUUUCUCAUCAUACAAAAUGCGUUCAAUAAACAUGAAUACAUAACAAAUCG